AGCGACCACAAUCUGAUUUGAAGUAGUAAAUACAAAAAUAACCACGUAUUGCGGACCUCAGCGACCAUUUUUUACCAGCCUUCUUACCAUUCGGCAUUCUCCCCCGCACCAUACUUUCCCCGAUCAAAAAAAUAAGUACCACCCACAGCAAUAACCAUGAAGCAGAAAACCAACCGCCCCCAGGAGCUCACGCUCGACCCGGUUUUCGAGAAGUAUUACCGUGCAAAUUGGGGCGAUGAGAUUUUCGACGCCUUCUGGGAAGCGUCGAAAACCGCCCUUCCCUGUGUCGUCCGCUUACGGGAGAGUGCGAAGAGAAACCACCUCCGCGACCAGCUUUUGAAAUACGGCUGGGAGCCGCUAGAAAGUACGAAGACCGCCAAAAAUAAUUCCUCCUCCUCCGCCGACAUUGAGGCGUUUUCCCUCCCCGCUGCCGUCUACAGUUUACCCGACAGUACAGAUGAAAGGAGCAAAAACAGCAACAAGCACAGAAUCCUCUGUGAAGACGAGAACCGCCGAGGUUUUCUCCAGUUCGGGGAAAUCGCGUCGAUGCUCCCGGUGAUCGCGCUUCAGCCGGAAAAAAACGACAAAAUCCUCGAUCUGUGCGCCGCGCCGGGGAACAAAACACUAGCUUUGUCCGACGCCGUCGGGCAGGACGGGCUGGUCUGGGCAAACGACUACGACAUCGAGCGGACUUGCUGGACGUUGACGCGGCACAGCGGGAAGGCGCGGAGCCGGGGGUUGGUCGUCACCUGCUGGGACGGGGCGACGUUGGGGAAGAAGAUUCUGGGCGGUGGCGGAAAAUCGUCAACUUGUAGCACAAGUAGCGCAGCAGCGACUGUUGUGAGCGAUGGAAAUCGUGAGGGUCUAGACCGCCUUGACGUAGCAGUUGAUGCACAAGACGACAACAUCAAAAGAAGUCCUCUCCUUUUCGACAAAGUGCUCUGCGACGUUCCCUGCAGUGCGGACGGGACUUUGCGGAAGUACCGAGACACGGUGCUGGACUUCCAGAAGAAGCUCCACUACGCAGUCUGCCAGCUCCACCCUUUGCAGCUGGACUUGCUGGAGUCCGCGUUCCAAAUGACGAAAGUCGGCGGGUUAAUCGCGUAUUCCACCUGCUCGUUAAACCCGGUGGAAAACGAGGCGGUGGUUCGGGCGUUUUUGGAAGCGCAUGGGGAGGAAGUGGAAUUGGUGCCGAUCUUCGACGAGAUGAACGAGAAUGGAAAUUGCGACGGUCGUGGAUUCGACCAGGACGAUUGCGGCAACGCAGCCUUAUUCGGUAGAAAACUUCGCGCAACUCAGGGCUUCAAAUGCAUGCCGGGGUUGACGAGGUGGGAAGACGUCGAGCCGUUCUUGGAAACGACAGCGGGGACGGUUGCAGCUUCCGCGACGAGUAGUGCAGAUGUGGAGAAGGUUGUUCUUCUUGAAGAUGAGAUGAAGGAACAUGCUUUCGACGAAGCCGCACAACAGUCGGAGCCAGUGAAGAAGCCUGCAACUACUAGUGCAGCGUCCACCUCUCCACCCCAUCUCGCCGCAACCCCAAACACCACCGCCAGCUCGCCCGAAGUUUCACCUGUGGCUGCAACUACUGCUGCCAAAACGACGUCGAGGAAACCGGUUGUCGACGAGAAGGCGAAGGCCGCGAAAAAGCAGAAGAAAGCGCCGAUUCUCCCAUCUACCGUCCAUCCACCAAAAUUCCCGGAUGAGCGAUUGCGAAAUUGCGCGCGGGUCAUGCCGAAUCUGGAGCCCGUUGCGGGUGGGUUUUUCCUCGCCGUGUUUCGGAAGAAGGCGGGGAAAGUGUUUUGUGGGAAAAGAGCAGCAGCAGCAGCAGCAGCUACGAAGCACGAUCAGGAUGGAGACGUGGUUAUGCAGGUAAGCGCUUCAUCCAGUUCCACCUCCACAACAACCAAUUGUUCUCCUCCCUCCCCGGACCACGAAAAGCAGCUCCAGUUCCGGCAGGCGGGGUAUUUCAAGCGACUGCGGGAAAAAGCGAAGUGGCGACGGGAAUUGUCGAGUAAGUGGGCCCGGUUUUUCACAAGCAAGUACGACGAGGGGCUGUUGCUCGGGUUCGACGAAGAGGUUGGUGGGGAGGAGGGCGACAGCGAAAAAACAAAAACUAUUGGCGGUAAAAAAAUAAAGGAAAAACGCGCGUCUGGAGAGGAGACAAAAGAACAAGUGGCGAGAAGCGCAGCAGACAGUGCUGAAAAAACCGAAGCAAGCCUUGAAGAGAAAGGGCAGCAGGAUGCAGCAGCCUCAGAAAUAGCUCAAGCCGGCAAGCCGCAAACUUCUGGUGCAACCGACGCCACACGACAGGUACAAGAUCCAGUGAAACCCGAGGGCGCCACCACGACUCUGGAGCGGGACCAAAGCAACCUCCCUUCCCACGUCACCCCCUGGGAAUUUUACGGGUUGGAAAGCUUGAAAGAAGCUCUCACCACGAAAGAAUCCGCCACCAGUCUGUUUUUCCACACUUCUCGCGGUCACAGCAAGCCGCGGAAGGUUUGUAUUGCCUCUAGUUUUUUGGGCGAAUUCGUUUCUUCCGUUCUGGACACUGAGGAGCAGGAGCGGGACGAUUUGAAGCGGAAGAGGGUAGAGGAGCAGGAGAAGGACAAAGCGCAAGAGACGAUGAAAUCAGAACAACCCGGAUCAUCUUCCUCUUCAGCUGAGCCACGAGUCAAGAAAAGCGACAGCGCUGCAGAGCCAAGUGAUCUGCCAAAAGCGGAGGAUCAAUCCCAAGUGGACAUGUCCACGUCCUCUACCGAAAAACAGCCAGAACAUCGCGAAGCAAUAAAACACCAGAAAAAACCACCUCCGGUGAAAAAGCAGUUCCAAGACGCCGUCGACCCAGAGAUCGGCUUCGCCCUGCCCUUCGUCCAGCUCGGUCUGGCGCUUUUCAAAAGGGAGCGGAACGAAAAGUACAUGCGGCACCUGAAGUGUCGGUACCGGCCGACGCAGAAGUGCGUGGAUUUAUUGUUGAAGCACCAGACGAAAAGACGGCUGACGGUCUGUGCUGACGAAGAUUUCACAGCAUUUUUGAACCGUGACUUGAAACAGGGGCUGCCGAUCAAAGAGCUAUUGGAGUGGAGCGAAAGUGGGAGAAUCACCGGCGUGGCGAAUUUAAAUGAUGAGGUCGGCGCGGCGCUGCUGUGCAAUGGGGAUGGGAGUGUGGGGGUUUGUGUGUUUAUCACGAGUCAGCGGAUGAUUGUGCAGGCGGAAGAAGAGGAUGUGGAGUGGGCGGUUUGGAAGUUGGGUCGAGAAUGACGUCUGCCUUUGUACUAACUUAUUUAAAUGCAUGAGCUUGCAGAUGCUGAUGCAGGAAUGCGAAGGCGCGGCGACUUCUCUGGUGCUCUGUUUUUGUUGCGACGCUGGAAAUACAGAAGUCUCAGUCUGUUUAUUUUCUGACACAGUGUCAUCGAUCAACAUUAACACGGAGGAUCAUCCUUCACCUAUGCUG